UCCUCCAAGGUGAAAUGAGUGAAAACUGUUGUGUUGGAGGGCAUUAGAGUGUAAUGGUGGAGAGGCAGUUGUCUGUAGCAGAUGGUUGUGUAGAAAACUGCUCUGUUCAACCACAGACAGCCAAAUUCAGGAAGUGCUGAUAAUCAGCCACUUCUCUUUCUUUCUGCUGCUGCCCCAGCUUUUGGUGGAUAAGGGCACGUUUGGGUCGGACUCCAGCCGGGUUCUCUGCGGGUUGGCCUCAGUGGAUCACAGCAUGAUGGGAAGCUCCAGCGGCGUGUCCUCCUCUUCCUUCACAGGCCAGUAUGUCAGCUGGUUCGUGGAUUCUGCAGAAUCCCCUGUUCCUGCAUCUCUGACACAUGCAUCAACACUACACGGCGUUCCUGAGAAGAACCAGAGUGCAGCUGGUUCCAGCAAGGCGCCACUUCUCCUUCUGUCAUCACCUGAAACCUGCGGAGGAGACGCCAGCACAUUUCCCAAAAAGCUCCCACAAGGGACUUUCUCGAGAAGGAAAGCCCUCCGACGAACCCGGCCCGGCCUGCUGCAGACAGACUCCCACAGUCCUGCAAAAAACACCGAAAAAGGAAGAAAAAAUGACAAAGCUGAGAAACAUCAAAACAUUUUCUCCAGCUCUGAAGAGGAGCCAAAACCUCAUGAGAGGAACAUCCUGAACAAGGAGAAACCACUUCCUCUUUCUCCUAGAGGUGGAAACUUCCUCCUGCCAAGGAGCAGUCCAGUCCUUUCCAGGAGACCCAGACCCCUCUCCUGGCAUGGGAGGAGAACUCCACCUGCAGAUCCUUCAAGCUUGGAACUUUCCUCCUCUUCUUCUGGUUCUGCACCCUUGAAAGCCAGCAGUGUAGAGAAUCUGGGAUUCAAAGCGAGGUCCAGCAGAUGCACGUUCACAGUCCAGGUGGAUGAAGCCUGGAACAGCGUCGGCCUCUCAUCCGAUCGGAACAGCGUCGGCCUCUCAUCCGAUCGGAACAGCGUCGGCCUCUCAUCCGAUCGGAACAGCGUCGGCCUCUCAUCCGAUCGGAACAGCAUCCUCAGCAGCCACAGUCAGGCAGAAUCAGUGGAUGGGGACAGCUGGCAGAUCUUUCAAAGAUGCGGGAAUGAAGACUGCUACAGGUCCUCUUCAUGUGACAAAGAAAGGGUCUGCAGUGGUGUCUCAGAUUUCUCUGCAGACAUCUUUAAGGCCUGCUGUGAGCUGGAAAAGGAAAAUGCUCACUUCAUUGUGGUGGAUAUGGUGCUGGAGGUUCUGGAAGGAGCAAAAUGGACUCUGAGCUUUGAUGAAACGAUAGCCUUGCUGGAGAAGCACCAAAACAUGCAUGCAGGCUCUGCACAGCACUCUCCACCGCACAAACAGAACUGUAAAGCACACAGACACACACAGGACCACAGCAAACACGGCGGAGAACCAGAGAGGAACAAGCACAUGCCUUCAGAGGAUGACAUAAGGAUAUCACAUACACGAUCUGAUGAACCCACAGAGGGACAAAAUGACAAGGAGUCGAGAGAUAACAAACCAGAGCAGCAGCCUAAAAUGAACUCAGUCCUCUCCACUGACAGCGGAUUUGAAGAUUAUGUACUCGACACAACUCUUCUGUCAACAGAUUCUGACACAAACAGUGCAGAGUAUCUGGCCCAGCGGCUGGUGUCCCAGUUCAAGAGGAAAUGGCUGCCGCCGCACAAACUCUGUAGAGGCCGACAAAGUCUCCGCAGCUCCCUCCAGGAGCUGCCAGGCACUGAAGGAGUGGUGAGCAGCAGAGGCAGCCUGACAGAGGAAAUACAAAUUAGGACCAGAAUGAGAGGAUCUCUGACAUGGGCGCCACCCUGCUUCCAGAUCAUCUUCACUCUUCAUCCAUCACACAGACGCAGUGAAAUGGUGGCUUUGCAGAACUUUUUGUGCGCUGGCUGUGGGACAGAAGUAGAGCCCAGAUACAUCAAAAAACUCAGAUACUGUGAAUACCUUGGCAGGUAUUUCUGUGACUGCUGUCACAGUGGCUCUGAGUCUGUGAUUCCUGCUCGGAUUCUGUCCUGCUGGGACUUCAGCAGAUACUCUGUGAGUGAUUUCUCCAAACACUUGUUGGAUUCCGUGUGGCAUGAGCCUCUCUUUGACCUGGCCUGUGUGGGGACAACGCUCUGUAGCCGAGUGAAAGAGCUCAGCAAGUUCAGGGAUCUGCAAGAACAGCUGAUGGGCAUCAAGAAGCUGCUGAAAGCCUGCAGAUUCUCCGGAAGGGUGUUGGCCGAGUUUGACCAGCUUCCAACUCACCUGACGGAGGUGCCGCUCUUCUUCUCCAUCAACGACCUUCUGAGGGCGAAGAAAGGACAGCUGGCAGCGCCAGCCAGAGCACUGCUGCUCUCUGCCACCAGUCACGUAGAAAGCUGUGAGCUUUGCUUGUCCAGAGGAUUUAUCUGUGAAUUUUGUCGGCAAAAAGACGUCAUCUUUCCAUUUCAGAGGAACAUAUGCAAACGCUGCAAAGUGUGCAGAGCCUGCUUUCACAAGCGCUGCUUCAUGGAAAGAAAUUGCCCAAAAUGUGCACGGAUCCAGUCCCGAACUGAGGUCCAGAUGCGUCCUUGAAGUGGUCCCUGUGGUCCCACUGAGCUGACCUGCAUUCAACCUCAACACUCGUUACAAAAAAGCUACAUUCCUGUUACUACUAACUGUUUUUAUAUCAAUGCUGUGAAGAUUUCAGGAUUUUACACUCAUGUCUCUGGGACAACUUAUUUUUAACUUUUAAUGAUCAGAAUAGAAAUGGAAUUCUACAAAAAAUGAAAAAUUCUUGAAUGUGUAAUGAAAAUUUUUUGAAAUUUUAGAGACAAAAUGCUUUGAACGAUUUUUUUUAAAUUGAUGCUUUGUAGCAUGAGCUGAAGUGUAACUAGUCAGAGAGGAGAGAACGGAGAGAAUAAACAUCAACAAAUAAUUGAUUUUUUAAGUCCAAAAAAUGAAAACGGUUUUCUCAUUUAUUUGCAAAUACUUUUUUAAUAACACUAUUUAAUCAUUAAUUUGUUUAACUUUUGUAAGGCUAUAUUAAUUCUGUAAUAACCUCAAAGGUAUUUAUGUAAAAAUAGUUAAAUGGAUGGGUAGACAGAAAAUUGAGUUUUUUAUUUUAUUUUAUUUUUUAAAGCAUAAUUUAUGGAACACUUUUGGAACACUUAGUGUUUUCCAUGUCCUUUUUUAUUUUACGAGAUUGUCUUACAUAAUUUUAAAAUAUUUAUUAUGAAAUGUUUUACCUUUUUUUUUGGACAACUUUCCCAGAAAUCCUGAUGUAGAACCUAUUUGUAAUUCCAGUGGAAAUUACAAAAUGUAAGCUGAAAAAAUACCUUUACAUUAAACAUGUAAGAAGAGCAUGCUCAGUCAGUACAUUUUUAUAAAAUAAGCAUAUAGAGCAAAUUCUUUUUUAAAUGCUUUUAGGGUGGCAAUUUGUCCGUAGAUGAUCCUAUUAAAGAAAUAAGUCACCGCUUCUCCUUA